CGGCUUUUAGUAGUUUACACCAAACAGUUUUUAGUUUUUAACAGCUCACAACACAUAUUCCACAUAUUACAGUUCACAACAAAUUUUUUCAGGACCACAACUCAACCAAACUGACCAAAGGUGCAACUUCUUGGCGAGUGGACACGACCACGGCACCACCUUUCUUCUCCCUCGUUCCCGAGUCCGAAUCUGGGUCCAGCGGAGACAAAGAGGAGCUGGCCGCGUCGUAUCGACUCCUGCCGCCGAAAGGCCGAGCCCGAGCCCGUGUCCCGGUGCCCGUUCCCGCAACCCUAAUCCCCUACCACCGUCGGCUCUCGCCGGCGAAGAAGAGGGAGCCGCGCGGCGUCGCCAGGGAGCACGCGCCCCCUCCCUUCCCGGCUCCCUCCGCGCCGUGGGGAGGCGCGUCCACCCGGAUCCGCCCUCACCGCGAGGCAGAGGGGAGGAGAGGGAGCCAGGUCCGGCGCACCCGCUGUCGUCCGCGCCGAAGAGCGUUAAGAGUCUCCCCACAGGCUUGGCUGAGGGAAACUUGUGCUCUGCGCAUCUUGGACACUACUUCACCAUUUACCAAGUCUUGAGUUAUUGCUCCGGUGCCAGACAAAAAACCAAACUCUCUGGCCGAACACAGUGAUGGCGCAAGCCUGUAAGAAGAGGAGAGGAGUUUAUAUAAGCAGUGAAUCAGGAGACUCUGAUACAGAUUCUGAUGUUGAGGGAAGCAAACACUCUCAAAAGUCUGGGGUGACAUCAAUUUCUACAUGCGAGCACCAGUCAUCUUAUAACCUCAAGGCUGCAAGUAUGAAAAGUAGCAGGAUGAUAAGGCUGUGUGGAAAUAUCGUAAGGAAGCUCAUCGAUCACAAAUGUGGCUGGCUUUUCAAAGAACCUGUUGAUCCAGAUCUAUAUGGGAUUCCAGACUACUUUGAUGUUAUCCGCAGUCCAAUGGAUUUGGGCACUAUUAAGAAUAAACUCACAAAAAAGAAAUAUGUAAGCAUUGAGGAGUUUGCAGCAGAUGUGAGGCUAACAUUUUCAAAUGCUAUGAAGUAUAAUCCUCCAGGCAAUGAUGUGCAUAUUUUUGCUAAAGAAUUGAAUGAAAUGUUUGAUUCAGAAUGGGAAUCAGUAGAAAGGAAAUUUAGAGGCCGAAACCUUGGUCAAGACCAGCAGACAAUGAAGGCCAUAAAAGUUCGAGCUAUGAUGGAUUCAAAGUCUACAGUUGCUAGAGGGCCGGUUGCAUGCUCAAACCCUAAAACUUUGGUUGCUAGAGGUCCAGUAGCUUGCUCAAAUUCGAUUGCAAAGAAGACACUGACAGAUGCAUUAUCCUCCAAAGUAAAAAUCAAAUUUUCCGUGCGCAGCUCUGCGCAUACCUCUUCCAAAGAUAUACUCGUUCAAGCAGCUGGUAGCAAAGAGGGGUCCUUAAAUCACUCUGUCCCUACUGGCAACAAAGAGGCAUCUUCAAAUUGUACUAUUCCUAUCGCUAAGGAGGCUAAAAUAUCAAGGGCACGAGAAAUUGAGCGCUGCUCUGGUUCAAUUGGAAAACAAUCAUGGUCUUGCAAUGACACUUCUACUUCACCUCUCGCUUCCUCUGUGCAAGGUGAGGAAAGUUACCUUCAUGAUGAACCUUUGUCACCAAGCAGGGCUCUUCGUGCAGCAAUGCUCAGGAGUCGUUUUGCUGGGACUAUAGUGAAGGCUCAACAGAAGGCACUUCUAGAUCAUGGGAAGAAUAUAGACCCUGUGAAAUUGCAAUUGGAAAAGGAGAGGCUGGAAAAGAGGCAGCAAGAAGAGAAAGCAAGGAUCGAGGCCCAGGUGAAGGCUGCUGAAGCAGCUGCACAACAAAAGUUUGAGGAAGAAAUGAGGAUGAAGAGAAAGCAGGAAAGGGAGGCAGCACGCCUGGCACUACGCAUGAUGAAGAAGACUGUUGAUAUUGACAACAGUGACUUCCUAAAGGAGCUGGAGAACUUCAGCAAAACAUGGCAGGCAAAUCCACCUGGCAAAUUAAUCGUGGAUUUUAUCAGUGGGGACUUGCCACCGGGGUUAGGGAGUCCGCUGGAGAGGCUCGGCCUCUUCAUGAAGGAAGAUUUCGAGGAUGAGGUAGAACAGGAAAUGGAGGACAGAGUGUCACCCUCAAUGGAUGUUGACAUCAGGAAAGAUUUCCAGGAAGACUUAGGACAUGAAAUGCAGGACAGUGCAUCACCCGUGACUGUCAUUGGCACAAAGAAUGACGUACAGGGAGUGGCAGGACAUGAAAUGGAGGACAGCGGAUCACCAGCCACAGUCAUUGACACGAAGAAAGAAGAGACAGAACAUGAGAUGGUGGACAGCGUAUCACCUUUGAUGGAUGUUGACACGGAGGAAGGGGAGAUCAGCUGCUGACGGUAGCUACACCUCUCUUCACCCGCAUAAUUUAUUGAGGCAGACAUCCUUGCUUGGUUGUUAGAUUAGGCAAUUUCAUAAGCAGAGUGAUGCAGAAACAUUAGUUUUAUCUGCUUUCAUCGUAGAACCAUGUGGUGUGGAGAACAUGUCUCAGACGAAAUGACGAGUGGUUUUGGAUUUGCUGCGGAUUUUAAUUUUCGUGGUCUUGUCAGUCUGGCAAGAGUAUGAUGACUCUGUAUGUUGAAUUUGACCUCCCCCGCUGGAUGACAUGUAUAAAAGGAUGAGAAAAAAAGGAUAGUUUGGAGCUAGUGUAUGUUGUUGGAGUUUAUGGUGGAGCCAGAUUUGGUGAGCGUGUCGUGGACGUAAAUGUAGGUAUAGCUAUAUACUUGAAAUAUUGAUAAGAGUGUUUGGUUCAAAGGAUCAAUUCAUUCCAGUUAAACAUCAUGAGCUUGUUAAUGGGUGUUUGGUUCGAGAGUUCGUUAAUGGGUGUUUGGUUUGAAGAAUAAGCUAGUCUACUAUUUUUUUAUUUGGUUGUUGAAUGUAAUUUUUUGACCUGUCAUCUCAUUUCUUACAAGUGAAUGAUUAUUUCUAA